GGCCUAUUCAAUUCCAUCAAGUGAGUAAUAAAAAGUUAGUUCCAUCAAACAUAACUCUGGAAGAGAUGUCUGACUAUUUGCCUCCGGAAGUCGUCACGCUCAUCCUCAGCCGACUCCCGGUGGAAUCGGCGGUGAAAUGCACCGCCGUGUGCAAAUCCUGGUACGCUCUCAUAAAAGAUCCCUCUUUCAUUUCAACUCAUCUGCAACAGGCUCUGUUGUCUCUUCACCACAACGACCUCCUCCUUCUCAGUUUUGUUAGAGAUGGAAGAGUGUUUUGUCGUUUGCAUCGCGAUGAUGAUGCUACCUUUGGAGAUUAUAAGCAGUUCCGACCCUUGGAGUUUGGGUUUGGGUUUUUUGUAGUGGGUACCUGUAAAGGGUUGAUUUGUCUCGCAAUGGAUGCUGACCCUACUUGGAAUAAUAUAAUUUUAUGGAAUCCUUCCAUUCACAAGCAUUUCACUCUGCCCAACCCUGAUUUGCCCUACAGCAAGUCCCAUGAUUCUAACCUUGGUUUUGGGUUUGAUUCGGUAUCAAAUGACUUCAAGGUACUUGUAUUUCUUCAUUUCAGACGCAGAGAAAGUGUAGUCAUUGAAGUUUGGUUGUUUUCCUUAAAUAGACUUUCUUGGACGAGGCAUCGUGAAGUGAUGAGUCCGAAUGAGAGCAUGUUUAGUCCUUGGGAUGCCGUCUUUGCGAAAGGUGUUUUGCAUUGCCCUGCUCUUUUUUGGGACUCGAAGAAGGGCCAUUCCUCACAUAUGAUUUCGGCUUUUGAUAUGAGCACCGAAAGGUUUUAUGUGAUGAAUUUUCCUGAAACUUUAGCUAAUGAUAUGGAGUAUGAAAUGUCUUUGGUUCAAUAUGAAGAAUCCAUUGCGGUGGUUAGAAGAAGAAGAAGAAGAAGAAGAAGAAGAAAUAGAUAUUUAGACGACAGGCAAUUUGAGCUGUGGGUCAUGAAGGAGUACGGUGUAAGUAGUUCGUGGACAAAGGUGUUCCAUUCAAUUGACGAAAACGGUGCGUUCGUUUUUGGUCCCGACUUCAUUAUUGAUGUAUUCGGGGUUAGGAAGAAAGGAAAAGUUUUAUUGAAAGUGAGAAGGGAGCAUGAGGAGGGGCACAACCUAGCCACAUUGGAUUUAAACGGCCAACAACUGAAGCAUCAUGUUGGAAUAAUCAACAUAAACUUUAGGGAUACAUUUCUUGGGAACUUCGUGGAGAGCCUUGUAUUGCUUGACAUAGGGAAAAAAGAUACUAUGGGGGCAGCUGUCUAAAUGAAAGUGAAAUGACAUUAACUGCAUGCAGAGUGUGUUCAUUAUCCUUGGAAUGGAUGAUUUCAAUAUCUUCCAAAUUUGAUAGAUAUCGAUAUGGGGAUUUGAUCCC